AUGAUGCGCCUCACGCUCCUCGUGCUCCUCGUCGGCGUCCUGUCUCUGUCGCUGAUGUCCCAGGUGCAUGCCCAGAUGUUCCAGCACUUCUUCGGAGGAGGUGGGAACCCCUUUGGACAUCGAGAGCAAGAAUCACCCGCGACGGGCGAUGCAGCCUGGUUCGAGGCUCGAGUCGAGGCCGCCACCUGCACAGACUAUCUUUGCCCGCGCACCCUCUCGUGCGUCCAGUCACCCUCGCAGUGCCCCUGCCCCUUCCCACACCAGCACCGCUGCCCGUACCCAGACGCAGUCACCGGCUCGCUCGACGACGGCGGCCACGUCUGCGUGCAGACAUCCUGCGAAGAGGUCUAUGCGGCCCGCAAGCUCAGCUCAGACUUCAAGCUGUCUGAUCUCACAUCGUGA